AUGGGGGUCGCCAAGGCCUGCAGCCAAUGCCGUGCGCGUAAAGGCAAACGCAUCGCUCCAGUCGACGACGGGCCUCAUGCCUGCGCUCCAUGUACCAGGCGCGGUAUUUUGUUCUCAUUCGUCGCCAGAGGCACUGCGUCGCGCCCGCGACUCCUUGCCGCCGCCGAUAGCACCUCUCAGUCGUCGUCGCCCUCGGUAACAUCUAACUCCGGCGCCAGUACCGUUGCCCCUGGCUUGAACCUGAGCCUGGCGUCUCAGCUUGAGCUGGUUCAACUCUACCUUCAACUGAUCCACGACAAGCCGCAUACUCUUUUUCACCCAACGUCGUUGCUACAACAGGUGCGCGAUGGUGCGGUUCCGGCCACCAGGUUUGUCGAAGCGGUCAAGGCCGCCCUCAAUGCCGUCAUGGAAGCCAUGUCCCUCGCCAAUGUCCAUGCCGCUAUCCUGCUGAGAAACCUCUGCGGAGCCCACGGACGUCCCGAUGCCGAGAUGCCAUAUUUUGGAAUCGCUCUUCGAAUCGCCCAGAUCAUCCGGCUGCCCGCUUCCGCUGCCUCUGACGGCCCCAUUGAGUGUCUUCUCAAGGGCACCCACCUGCCUCCGACCCUAUUUCAUACUCCAGACCUGGCCUUUGAGGCCGAAUGGUUCAGCUAG